UGUAGGCCUGUAAUGACCAAAAACCUAAUAAGCUAAUCACAAAUCAGCAUUCAAUCGUGGCGUCAAUUUUGAACACAGUCAACGCCGUUAAUUCUAGCCGGCUCUCCAUUUUCUAAAAUUCCAAAAUCCUCUUCAUAAAUCCUCUCUUCUCUCUGCUCUGCUCCAAUUCCAUUUCAUUCUCUUCCACAUCUCAUUUUUUUUUUAACGAUCUAACGGCUGCGAUAUGUCGGUGAAAACUGUUAAAGUUAGCAAUGUCUCCUUAGGGGCAUCAGAGCGCGAUAUCAAGGAAUUCUUUUCUUUCUCUGGUGAUAUUGAAUAUGUUGAGGUGCAAAGUGAUACUGAACGAAGUCAAAUUGCAUAUGUUACGUUCAAAGAUUCUCAGGGAGCUGACACUGCAGUUCUUCUUUCAGGUGCAACAAUAGUUGAUAUGUCUGUUACCGUGACUUUGGAUCCAGUUUACCAGCUUCCUCCUGCUGCUUUUACAGCAUCAGUGCCAGCAGGAAAUAAAAGUGCUGGUAAUUCAGUAUCUGCUUUUCAGAAAGCAGAAGACGUUGUUAGCAGCAUGCUCGCAAAAGGUUAUAUCUUAGGUAAAGAUGCUGUGGGCAAAGCAAAGUCUUUUGAUGAGAAGCACCAGUUGACUUCAACUGCAAGUGCUAAAGUGGCCUCAUUGGACAAAAAAAUUGGUCUCACUGAGAAGAUAAGCAUUGGUACGUCCAUUGUUAAUGAAAAAGUUCGAGAAGUGGAUCAGAAACUCCAGGUUUCUGAUAAAGCAAGAUCAGCAUACUCUGCGGCAGAGCAAAAAGUUAGUACUGCUGGAUCGGCCAUUAUGAAAAACCGGUAUGUUCUCACUGGAACCACUUGGGUAGCAGACGCUUUUAGUAAAGUUGCAAAGGCAGCAGGGGAAGUGGGCCAGAUGACAAAGGAGAAAGUGGGAACGACAGAGGAUGAGCAAAGACAGAAAAUGGUUACUGAUUUUGCACAUGUUCAUUUAUCUGAGUCUCCAAAAGCUUCUGAUUUCAUGGAGCAUCAGUCAGCCAAACCUGCACCAGCACAAGGUUUAGUCCUUUGAGUUGAAGGCCUUGUAAGUAUCUUUGAGGACUUCCAGUUCCUCGUACUACAUCUCAUUUUCCAAUUCCCUGGUCUAUAAAGAAAUGGCAAGCGUACAGCAAUAUGUUCGAUAUGCAAUUUUAGACGAUUUCUUUUGGAUUUGUACUUCUGACUGCUACAGAAUUUGAUUGAUUUGAAUAUAAAUGAUAUUUUCAAGUAGAUAAAUUCAUAA